UGUAUAAUGUCGCCGACUAGCUAGCCUGACAAGGUAAACUGCAUCAGCGACUUUCUUCCCGGCCGUCAAACGGAACAAACCCUGGAUUUGUUAUUGAAGCGGACGAAAGCACAAGAAAACGUCACAAGUUAUCCCCCCCCCUCCCCCCUGGAAGUUAAAAUGAUUUUGCACAAUGGCAAUAUCCAUCUGUUCUCCGUUUGAGGGCUGCGCAAGACCAUUUUUUUGUCGGACCUAAGAGCGACGAAUUCCACUUCCUGUCUGGAAGGCCGUGUGACGAGCAAAAUGUUUGCCAAGCUGAAGAAGAAGAUCGCUGAAGAAGCAGCCACAGUACCGCGGACGGGCGUUCGAAUCCCUCGCACCUUCAGCAAGGAAUCCAUAGCCUCCGUGGAGGCCGACUCGGGGGAUGACUUUGCAUCGGAUGGGAGUAGUUCCAGGGAUGACCUGCCAGCCCAGCUGUUAAGGAGGAACACUCAGAUUCGUAAGCUGGAGGCCAAACUAUCAGACUACGCUGAGCAGCUGCGAAUAAUGCAGAAGACCAAGGAGAAGCUUGAAAUUGCAUUAGAAAAGCACCAGGAUUCGGCCAUAAAGAAACUGCAAGAGCAGAAUGAUUUUCACCAGGCCGACAGAGCCAAAAUGGCGGAGGGGUUGACGCUGGCUCUGGACAAGAAGGACCAGGAAUGGAUGGAGAAGAUGGCUCUUAUGGAAAAGGAGAAGUCUGACUUAUCGUUAAGACUGAACGAGAUGAUGGAGCAAAGCUUGGCACUUUUCCAAAAGAGGGAUGAUUUUGACGAGCUGGAAGGUUUUCAGCAACAGGAGCUUGCUAAAGUCAAACACAUGUUGCUGAGAAAGGAAGAACAGCUGAGUCAUCAUCGGCGGGACCUCCAGCAGAAGGUGGCAGAACUUCACGCAGCCAAGCAAAGGCUUUCUGAAAGUCGGGAACAACUUCAAGCCUUACGAACGCAGCAUGAAGAGAGCUCCACACUCAACACUGAACUGGAAAUAGAACGAGAGGAACUGCUGCUGCUCAGAGAAAAGGCAGACAAGAAGAGCGCCGAGCUGGAGGAGCGAAACCGUAAGUUACGCUCGGUGGUCCAGCAGGUCUCCGAAGACCUGCAAAAGUCACAGAGUUUGGUGUCCUCCUUAGAGAGGUCCCUCCAGGAUCUACAGACGGAACACGACGCUCUGAAACUGCAGCAAAAAAAGGCCGCUGUCACUGAGGAGGACAAGGAUCGCCUGUUAGGGGACCUUCAGAAGAAAGUCAGCUCCCUGGAGAGGAGGCUGCAAGGAAACCUGAGCCAGGACGAGCACCUAUUGGAGCUUCUUCAGGAGAAGUCCGGUCUGGAGGAAAGACUGGAAGAGGCCAGAAGAGAACUCCUUGAACUUCGCACGGAGCAUGCGGACACUGUCAGCUCCUUCAACGCACAGGGAUCCAGACUGACGUGCAGCAUUGCAGAGCUGCAGACACUUCUUCGACAUAAAGAUGAAUCCUCCAGGUCUUACAGAGAGAGAACAGACACACAAAUAGCAAACCUGGAGCAGCAGCUCCAAGAAAGUUGUGGUAGACUAAAGAGUGCAGAGCAGCAGAUUGCAGAAGAAAAACAACUGGCGGAUAAACUGCAAGAAGAGUGGAGUGCAGACAGAGCCUUUUUGGAUCAGCAGUUGUGUUUGGUGCAGCAGCAGAGUAAAGAGAAGCUCAACCAGCUGGAGAAGAACAUCGCCGCUUUGCAGACAGAGAAACAAACAAUGCAAGAAACAAUGGCUGGCUUGGAAAGGCAAAGAGAGGAGGCAAAUGUGGCUCUGACGCAACAGAAGGAAGAGCUGGAUGAGUGCAAGGCGGCGUUGGAUGGCCAGCAGACGGUUAGCGCUGAAAUGGCUAAAGCUUUAGAGGAAAGCAGGCGACAGAGAGAGGAACUGCAAGCACAGGUUGGGGAGUUGACCAUAUCUCUGCAGCGCUCACAGGAGGAAUUGUCCGCGCUCGGUGACAAGCUGUUGUUGCGAGAGAAAGACAUCCCAAUCCUCCGUGAAGAGUUGCAGAGUCGCCAGGUGUCGCUGCUCCAGCUGCAGGAGGAAUUUGAGCAGCAGCGGAUCCAACGAGGGCAGAUGGAGCUGGACAAAGACUCCCAGCUUACUGUCCUGAGAGGGGAGCUACUCAGCCAGACUCAACAGCUCGACCGCUGUCAGGCUCGGAUCUCCUACUUGGAGGUGGAGGUGGAGACCCUGACGGAGCAGCUGCAAAGCCCCGCUGCAUGUGAGGAGGAUCACAAUGGCAGCUUGACGAUGGAUGACCUCGACAACGUUCACAAGGUCAACAGAGAGCUGGAGCAGCAGCUCAGCGACAAGACCAGGACUAUCAAACAGCUGCAGCAGCGAAUGGCAGAAUUGAAGAGGACCUUGCAGAAAGAACUGAAGCUGAAGUCCGAGCCAGAAGACGACGCGAAGGAGAGGAGCCAAGAAAGCCGCGUUGAUAGAGAAGAGAGAGUUGGCGCAGACGCGCCCCGACACAGCCCGCCCACUUCCAACGCCACCGUCACCAACACCUCAGACCUCAACGACUCGCGGGAGAUCAACUUUGAGUACUUGAAGCACGUGGUGCUGAAGUUCAUGUCGUCCAGAGAGGCGGAGGCCUACCAGCUGGUACGAGCCGUGUCUGUGCUGCUCAACUUCACUCGUGAGGAGGAGGACAUGUUGAAGCAAACCAUCGAGUAUAAAAUGUCCUGGUUCGGAUCCAAGCCGUCUCCAAAGGGAACCAUCAAGCCCUCGGUCUCAGGCGCGCCCAGCCAGUGGAGCUGAAACAUGAAGAUCAUCUUCAGGUGUCCAACCUCUCAUCUUUGAACACUUGACAUAUCCAACUCUAAUUCUUCCUUUCAAAUAACAUUUUUUUGAACAAUCAGCGCAAAUGUCCACCGUUGGCAUUUUUUGUGUCAGUACCUGACUUUUGAAGCUUUUCAUGAGCACACUUUCUUGUCAACGUUUAAGGACAGACAAAAUGACACCAAGGUGUUUGAAACCACAAACAGCAAAGGAAAUCCUCACAUCCUUUUGUCUGUGAGGCAACGCCUACCUUUUGCCACACAAUCGAGGAAAAAAAAGGUAAAAACGUUUGAAAUAUUUUAGCAUUAAAAAUACCAUUAAACUUUACUGAAACAUUCAACAAUAUAAUUGGGGAACUGCCGAUGCUGUUGAUUUUGGUAAGUUAUAUAAUUGUAAAUGUAUGUACAGUAUAUGUAUGUAAACACUGUAAAAACUCAAUCAUCUGUAGGUUUUUAUGGUUCAAAACUGGCAGCUCAGUCGCAAUAACGUUACUGUAAAAUGUAUGGUGGAAAAUUACCAGUUUUUACAUAAAAAUAAUGGCGACUAAAAAAAUAACCCCUGUGCAUUUUUUCAUUGACCGUAAUUCGCUGAAAGAAAACAAAGCAAAAAACCUACCAUGAAUUUUACGGUAAAAUUCUGGUGACCAAGCUGACGUUAUUUUUUACUGUUAAAUUCAUGGCCGUUGUUUUGACAGUGUUUUACUGUAAAGGAAAAAUAGUACCAAUGUUUUUACAAUAAAAUGAUGUCAACUAAAAAAAAAAUGUUUGUCAAGAAAUAAAUUAAUAAAUGUAAAAAAAAAAAAAAAUUACGGUAAAAUUCUGGUUAGUAAGCUGACAUUUUUUCUUGCUGUUAAAUAUAUGGUCAUUUUUUUUACAGUGUUUUACUGUAAAGGAAAAAAUAGUACCAUUAUUUUUCCAAUAAAAUUACGGCGACUAAAAAAUAACCCUUGUACAUUUUAUCCUUGACAGUAAUUCGCUGUAAAAAAAACCCUCAAAAAACAAAGAAACUACCAUGAAUUUUACGGUAAAAUUCUGGUGACUAAUAUGACAUUUUUCCUUACUGUUAAAUACAUAGUCACUUUUAGCGAUUUACUGUAAAGGAAAAAUAGUGCCUUUUGUUUUUACAAUUAAAUUAUGGCAACUAAAAAAUAACCCCUGUACAUUUUUUUCAUUUACAGGAAUUCGCUGUAAAAAAAUAAAAAAAAGAUUUUACGGUAAAAUUCUGGUGACUAAGCUGACAUUUUUUCUUACUGUUAAAUAUAUAGUCGUUGUUUUUACUCUAAAGGAAAAAUAGUACCUUUUGUUUUUACAAUAAAAUGAUGGCAACUAAAAAAUUACCCCUGACAUUUUUUCAUUGACAGUAAUUCGCUGUAAAAAAAAUUAUUAAUAAAUCUACUAUGAAUUUCAUGGUGAAAUUCUGGUGACUUAAAUGACAUUUUUUCUUACUGUUAAAUAUAUAGUUGUUGUUUUUAGCAUUUUACUUUAAAGGAAAAAUGGUACCUUUUUGUUUUUACAAUAAAAUUAUGGCAACCUAAAAAUAACCCCUGUACAUUUUUCAUUGACAGUAAUUCGCAGUAAAAAAAAAUAAAAAAAUAAAAAAUCUACUAUGAAUUUCAUGGUACAAUUCUGGUGACUAAGAUGACAUUUUUUCUUACUGUUAAAUAUAUAGUCGUUGUUUUUAGCGUUUUACUGUAAAGAAAAAAUAGUACCUUUGUUUUUACAAUUAAAUUAUGGCGACUAAAAAAUAACCCCUGUACAUUUUUUCCUUGACAGCAAUUCGCUGUAAAAAAAACAAUCCCAAAAAACAAAAAAACUACCAUGAAUUUUACGGUAAAAUUCUGGUGACUAAGAUGACAUUUUUUCUUACUGUUAAAUAUAUAGUCGUUGUUUUUACUGUAAAGUAAAAAUAGUACCUUUGUUUUUACAAUAAAAUUAUGGCGACAGAAUCAACCCUUGUACAUUUUUUCAGUUAAAAUAAUUCACUGUAAAAAAAACAAAAAAAAUAUGUCAUCUUUACAGUAAAAUUUGGGCAAGUAGACUUUUUUUUUUACUGUUAAAUAUACGAUAAUUUUUUCAUUUACAGUCAUUUACUGUAUAAAAAAAACUACUGUGAAUUUUACGGUAGAAUUAUGGUGACUAAUGUGACACUUAGUUUUUACUGUAAAGUUGUUUUUUUUACCAUAAAAUAUACAGUCGUUUUUACGGUGCAUCACUGUAAUGGGGGGG